AUGCCUUCCGCAAUCAAGACUGGGCUGCUCUGCUCUCUAGCUGCUCCUGCCCUGGGCGCGGUCUGGGAGAAAGCGACUCAAGCAACCCGCAACAACUGGGUGCAUGUUGGAGCUCCCAAGGCCGAUGAGCCUAUCCAGCUGUCAAUUGCCUUGAACCGUCAGAAUCUCGACCAGAUCGACUCCAAACUGGCUCAAUUGGCGACUCCUGGCAAUGCUAAGUACGGCGAAUGGAUGGCCAACAGCGAUAUCGAGCGGGAGUUUCCCGUCGUGGACGAUGCCAAGGUCGUGCAGUGGCUGAAGAAUGCUGGUGUCAAGACGAUCAAGCGCGAGGGUGGUCUGCUCAGCUUUGCUGCACCUCUCCAGACCGUCAACAAGCUGCUCGACACUGAGUUUGCCUACUACCAGCAGAAGGGCAGUGUGCAACUGCGCACCACCCAGUACUCCAUCCCCGACGACCUGAGCAAUGACAUUGAUCUGAUCACGCCUACGGUCUUCUUUGGCAAUGACAACAAUGAUCUUCAGAAGACCAAGACGGUCACGACGGCGAGUGUGAAGUCGGACCUCAAGGCCUCUAACACGAAAGUCUCGCCGGCUUGUGAGACGUCCAUCACCCCUUCGUGUCUGAAGGAGAUGUACAACGUGGGCGACUACGUUCCGGAGCCCUCUGCUGGCAGCCGUAUCGGCUUCGGCAGUUUCCUGAACCAGACCGCCUCGAUCUCCGACCUGAUCCAGUACGAAAAGCUCUUCGACAUCCCCAGCCAGAGCUUCACUGUCAAGACCCUCAACGGAGGUGUCGACAAUCAGACUGCCCCCAUAAGUGAUGUGACUGAGUCCAAUCUGGACGUGCAGCUCAUCGUGGCCGUCUCGCACCCCUUGCCCGUUCAUGAGUUUAUCACGGGUGGAGUCGCUCCUUUUCUUCCGGAUGCCGACGAGCCCAGUGCCUCCGAGGACCAAAAUGAGCCGUACAUGUACUACUAUGAGUACCUGCUCUCGCAGGAUCCCUCUAAGCUGCCUCAGGUCAUCUCCAACUCCUACGGCGACGACGAGCAGACCGUGCCCGAGAAGUUCGCGAAGCGCGUCUGCAAUCUGAUCGGUCUGAACACCCUUCGUGGAAUCACUAUCAUCCACUCUUCCGGUGACGAGGGUGUUGGCUCUGCCUGCCAGGCCCAAGACGGCAUCACCCCCCAGUUCAACCCCAUCUUCCCGGCCACCUGCCCUUACGUCACUGCUGUCGGCGGUACCUCCGACGUCGCGCCCGAGGUUGCCUGGAAUGCCAGUUCGGGCGGUUUCUCUAGCUACUUCGAGCAGGCCUGGUAUCAGAAGAACUCUGUCAACACCUACCUGUCCAACCUCGACUCGAAGGUCAAGAAGUACUACUCGAACUUUGCCAACUUCAAGGGCCGUGGCUUCCCUGACGUGUCUUCACACAGUCUGUACCCUGAUUUCGAAGUGAUCUACGGUGGCGAGAAGGCUGCCUCUGGCGGCACCUCCGCCGCUGCACCCACCUUCGCUGGCAUUGUCGGCCUGCUCAACGAUGCCCGUCUGCGUGCUGGAAAGCCUGCUCUGGGAUUCCUGAACCCCUGGCUGUACUCUGAGGGAUUCAAGGCCCUGAACGACAUCACCGCCGGCGGCUCUUACGGAUGCGGAGGCAUCGAUCCUCAAAGCAAUGACUACGUCAACGGCUCCCUGAUCAUUCCCUACGCUCACUGGAACGCGACUGAGGGCUGGGAUCCCGUCACUGGACUGGGCACGCCCAACUUCCAGAAGCUGAAGAAGCUUGUGCUGUCUCUCUAA